UGCAAUAUUGCAUUAUUUUGAUGUGACUGGCCAGGCAUCACGCUGUGUUAUAAAUGGACUUGAUAAAGGAAAUUAACGAAAAGUAUCAAGCAUUGGAGGCGGAAAUUGAUAAGAAACUGGAAAAAGUGCAAGCCGAGGAACAAAAAUUAGAGCGUCAAAAUGAAAAGCUGGCAGAGAAAUCAACAGCCGCACAGUCGCCCAAGAUACUAUCCUAUGAGGAGGCGCUACAAAGGAACUCAAACACCCUAAAGUCUUUGGAAAUAGCAAAAGCACGCCUACGCUCACGAACCACAUAUUCACCUGUAGAAAAACUGCUACAGCGUGCACUGGAGAACUAUAAAAACGAAUUGGAGAUUCUUAACAAGAAACUGCCUACCGAACAGACAUACAAUAAAAAGACACAGGAGCUUUCGGGUCAGGCAACAGCAGAGAAGGACGACUCGCUGGAGGAGGCAAGGCUAUACGAUCUGAUCAUGCAUAAUGUGCUGGAGGCCAGCAACAAGAGCAACCAGGCAAACGUCGAAAGUCGCCGCAAUUGACAAUUUCUGCACAGUAUUUUUUCAAUUUUUAUUUCAUUUCUUUGGAAUUCUACGCUAUGUACUUUUGCUAGUCAAGGCAAGACGUGUUGCUACAGCCACUGAAAAAAGUUCAAUUCGCAAGCUGAAUAAACAGCCGCCAAGUGUACACACAUGACCAAACGAGAGUUGUAUGCUUUUUCCCAUAGCAAACAAGAACCCAAAACGAAUAAACACGGGCCAGCUAAACGCUGUAUCCAAUGACAAUAACCCACCAGCCGCACAAGAUCUAACCAAAAGCUAGCAAUCCUGUCGCACCAAUUUACUAAAUGUUCGGAACAUGUUGCCGACGUUAUCUCAAAGUAUCUCAGCGACAGGUCGACAGAAGACAAACACAUUACCAAAAUUGUUGUCUGAAUUAGUUGGCAAUUAUGUAGUUCUGGAUCUGUUGCAUGACCCACUGUUAUGGACCCUCAAGAUCGAUUUCCAGUGUCAACC